CUCAAAACAUUUCUAUCGCGUGUGGAAGUGCGGCAGUUUGUAUGUCAGAUAAUGUAUAAGAUUUAAUGCUAUAUUUCGUACAGUGUGACUGACAGGUUAUAUGUGGUCGUGGUGAGUUAUUAGAUGAAAAAAAUGGCAACGGUAUUACCGCAAAAACCCCAGGGAACAUAUAGUUUUGUAAGCCAGCCGAGGACUGUGCAACAUCGAAAAAAAUUUAGGGAUCAACAACAACUACAACAAGAACAGCAAAAUGAUGGCAGCUUGCAGGGUCAGUAUGCUAACAUCAUGUAUGAUCGACGCAUUGUUCGAGGAAAUACAUAUGCACAGAACGUACUGCCGACAUCGGCGCUCACGAACCCGCUAGAGGUGCAGAGACAGCAGGAGACGAGACGCCGUAACAUCGCGAAGCGGAGAGCCAAGGAACACCUGAGACCGAAAACUGUGGAGGCUGUCGAGGGUCGAAAGCACCAGGAUGUGCAGACGGAGCUCUACCUGGAGGAACUCGGGGACAGGGUGGAGGAGGUGGAUGCACAGUGCCAGACCGACCCGUUCCUCGACCGUCCUGCCUCCCCGCUGUUCAUCCCCGCGAAGACGGGAGUCGAUGCUGCAACGCAGAUCUACGACGGCGACCUGUUCGACUUUGAUGUGGAGGUAAAGCCGAUACUGGAGGUACUGGUGGGGAAGACCCUGGAGCAGGCUUCGUUGGAGGUGAUGGAGGAGGAGGAACUGGCUGCGAUGCGCGCACAGCAGAAGGCCUUCCUAGAGCUGCGCAAUGCCGAGCUCGUGGAGACACAGAGGCUAGAGGAGAAGGAGAGGAGACACAGGGAAGAGAAGGCACGGCGCAUGCAGCAGCAGAAGGAGGUGCUGGAAUUGGAAGUCGACACGUCUCAGAGGGUGGCUGCGCGUGCCUUCGCUCAGGGAUAUCUCUCAGACCUGGUGCCCUCCGUCUUCUCCAGUCUGACCGACAGCGGAUACUUCUACGACCCCGUGGAGAGAGACUUAGAGACCGGCUUUAUGGUGUGGCUGAUGGAACGCGUAGAGGUCAACCUGCGUGAUGCGGCUCUCGGGCGCGCCAUGCUGGACUCGAUCAUACGUGACAUCGUAAAAACCAAGAACAGAGAAUUUGAGAAGCUGGAGGCUGCUAAUAUCGUUGAUGCACCGUAGAUGGCAACACUGGUGUGCAACUGUAAAUACAUGGGAGUUAUGUGGGGUGCUGGUG